ACUUAAGCCAUAUCACUUGUGGUUCAACCUGAAAAUGUUGUACUUUAUUCAUGAGGCAGAACAACAGCUACUUUUGGCUGUACGGGUGACUGAUCACUAUAGCAGUAUGGUCUCUGGACGAAAUGGGGAAUGGAUUAGUGAAACCCAAGCAUCUGAGAAGAACAGACAGACAUGUGGCAAACCUCUCUAUUGGCUGUGGUGGCAACCGUAAGUUUUUGAAGGACCCAGGGCUAGGCAUCAAUGUGACUAGCGAGCAAGCUGAUAUUCUUUGCAGCAGGGUGCUUGAACUGGAAAAGGAACUGAAGAGAAAAGAUCUAGAGUUGCAAGAGGGUCAAAGUCGUGUUGCUGAGCUUCAGGAACAGCUGGCUAUGCAGGCUAAGGUCAUAGCAGAACUCACCAAGGAGCUUCACAACAAGUGUAUACAGUUGAACAAGCUGCAGGAUGUUGUUAGCACUCAAGGAGAGCAUUCUCUUCAGCCUUCUCCUUUUAAAGCAGCUUCAAGGAUUCAGAUAUCUGCUGACAGGAGAAGAGGAGCCAAGGAAGGUGUAUCUGCAGAGCCAACGACACGGCUCUAUGAUUUGAACAAGCAAACUACGUUCUCCUUGGAAAAAGCAACAGUCCGAAAGGAUUCCAGUGAGAAGAAACUUAUCACAGAUGCCCUGAAUAAAAAUCAGUUCUUGAAGAGACUGGAGCCUCACCAGAUCCGAGAUAUGGUGGAAUGUAUGUAUGAAAGGACUUUCCAGCAAGGCAGCUAUGUCAUCAGACAGGGAGAGCCAGGCAAUCACAUUUUUGUGCUCAAAGAGGGGAGCCUGGAGGUCUUUCAGCAGGAUAAACUACUCUCCUCAAUACCUGUGUGGACGGCAUUUGGUGAACUAGCCAUUUUAUACAACUGCACAAGGACAGCCUCUGUGAAAGCAAUCACCGGUGUUAAAACAUGGGCAUUGGACAGAGAAGUGUUUCAAAAUAUCAUGAGGGUGACAGCACAAACAAGACAAGAGCAAUACAGAAACUUCCUUAGAAGCGUGUCCUUGCUGAAAAACUUACCUGAGGAUAAGUUGACCAAGAUCAUAGACUGCCUGGAGGUGGAGUACUAUGACAAGGGAGAUUAUGUUAUUCGGGAAGGAGAAGAAGGCAAUACCUUCUUCAUAAUCGCAAAAGGAAAGGUAAUAGUUACCCAGAGUACUGCAGAUCACUCGCAGCCUCAGCUGAUUAAAAAUCUCUAUAAAGGAGAUUACUUUGGAGAAAAGGCUCUGAUCAGUGAUGAUGUCAGAUCAGCAAAUGUUAUUGCAGAUGAAUACAAUGUGGAGUGCCUCGUUAUAGAUAGAGAGACAUUUAAUCAAACUGUUGGAACUUACGAGGAGCUUCAAACUUACCUGGAAGGUUAUGUGGCUAAUCUGACCCGCGCUGAUGAAAAGCGACAUGCAAAAGGAAGAUCCUUCUGCGGACAGUUGGCCAAAGACGUGUCUUUGGAGAUGAUAGAGCUGAAGGAAAAAGUAGCCCAGUUCCCUCCUUCCCCGUUCCAGAAUUUAGAAGUUAUCACAACUCUGGGUGUUGGUGGGUUCGGAAGGGUUGAGCUUGUUAAAGUGAAAAAUGAGAGCAUGGCUUUUGCUAUGAAGCGUAUAAAGAAGAAACACGUAGUGGACACCAAACAACAAGAACAUAUCUAUUCUGAGAAGAAAAUCCUCGAGCAGAUAUGUUCUCCAUUCAUUGUCAAACUAUAUCGCACAUUCAAAGAUAGUAAGUAUGUGUACAUGCUACUGGAGGCUUGCCUUGGAGGGGAAUUGUGGAGCUUGCUGAGAGACAGAGGCAGCUUUGAUGAAGCCACUACGAAGUUCUGUGUUGGGUGUGUGACAGAGGCUUUUGACUAUCUUCAUCACAUAGGGAUUAUCUACAGAGACCUGAAGCCAGAAAAUUUAAUUUUGGAUGCUGAAGGAUAUAUAAAACUGGUUGAUUUUGGAUUUGCAAAGAAGAUUGGAUCAGGGCAGAAAACCUGGACGUUUUGUGGAACCCCUGAGUAUGUUGCCCCUGAAGUCAUUCUGAGUAAGGGCCAUGACUUCAGUGUGGAUUUUUGGUCCCUUGGGAUUCUUGUGUAUGAACUCCUUACUGGCAGCCCACCAUUCUCUGGGGCAGAUCAAAUGAUGACAUAUAAUUUGAUUCUCAAAGGCAUUGAAAAGCUGGAUUUUCCUAAGGUAAUAACAAGGCGGCCUGAGGAUUUGAUCCGCAGACUCUGCAGGCAAAACCCUACAGAAAGAUUAGGCAACCUGAGGAAUGGAAUUAAUGACAUUAAGAAGCAUAGUUGUUUCUAAGCCCUGCCAUUUGUGCUUGGUAAAAGAAGUGCUUUGUCUUUUCUACUUGUCUCCUCUCAUACUGUUAAAAGAGGGUGGUAAUCCAAAGGGGUGCAUAUCUUUGCAUGGCUGUGCUUACGCAUAUAUUAACCUGCCUGUCAUUUUGGCACCUCUAUGCAGAUGAGAUGCAAUGCACCUAGUGGUCCUGAAGCUCCCCCUGCUACCACUCCCUUGUAUGACAAUGACAGUGCUCAAGUUUCCUCUUUUCAACAACUGUGUUAUCACAUGGGCAGAAGUUGUAAUGAAAAAAAAAGUCUUAUAGCCCUUGUUCACAUGUUUUUCAGCUGUAAACAGUAUAGUGACAGAAAACAAUCUUUCUCUUGGUC